AUGGGGUGCUCAAAUCGACGAUUGUUUACUGUGUGGAGCAUAGACAAACAAGGGACAGAAGCUUCAUUGCAAAGCAAAAGAAAUGUUGGCAAUUCUGAAGUCACUCACAUUGCUAGUUGCAAGGAUAGCCAACUCAACGCUACUAGUCCAGUGCGACAACAAGACUGUUGUAGCCUUCCUGAGGAACGAAGGUGGAACAAGAUCUCCUUCUCUUUUGAAGUUCACAAAGCAAAUUUAUCAAAUUCUCUAUUCUCACAAAAUUUAUCUGAGAAUACAUCGUAUACCAGGAAAGUACAAAAGUCACGCAGAUCACCUAUCGCGUCACCGGACUCCGCCAGAAUGGCACCUUGUGCCUCAGUGUACGGAAAAAAAAAAAAAAAAAAAAAAAAAAAAUACGUGAAGUUCGGUGUUCCGGUGAUAAGCUUGUUUUCCUCGAUGUGUGCAAAGGUGGUAGCAAAUUAUGUGUCACUAGACCUGAAAGACCCUCAAGCUCUGUAUCACGAUACUUUCUCCCGAAAUUGGCAUUUCCCCCUAGCGUGGGUAUUUUCACACCCAUUUCUGAUUCCGAAGGUCACACCUGAACUCGGCAGUCGGAAUGUAUCUCUUGAUAGUACCAAAAUGGGAGAAAGUAUUUUGGAGGCCGAAUUUGAAGGCCCGAGCUGUAGCACCUCCUCAUACAAUAAAAAAGUUACACUUAUGCCCCAUCGAUGCGGUAACAGGAUUAGCUUCACCCCAGGUGACAUGACAAUGACAAUGGAAAUAUGA